AUUCACGUGUCAGGGCGCACACGUCGACGCGACUAGUGUAAAUUAAAGCAACCUACGACACACAACAUACACGUCUACAGAAUUCAAAAGACGUUUCGCACGGUUACGAGUUAUUCAACUAAAUUGUUGGAAACAAUUUUCAAUUAGUUAUUUAAUACAACUUCUUCCAUAAACGAAGGAAUUAUAAAAUGGCACCAAAACAGAGAAUGCGCAUCGCCAACGAAAAAGCCACGAAGAAUAUUAAUCUUCGUGGAAAUGUACCAAAAUCAUCGAAACCACAAGACGAAGGAUCACCAGUUGGGCCAUGGUUAUUAGCACUUUUUAUAUUUGUUGUUUGUGGGUCAGCCGUAUUUCAAAUAAUUCAAAGUAUCAGAAUGGCUUAAAGGAUUAUAAAUGCGAAAAAGGGAAAAUGAUAUCGUUAUUGUUGAUAUAAUGAACUAUCUACAAAAUAUCAAUACACAAAUGCUGUCAUCAUUUUUCAAGAAACUAACAAUUUUGACACGGGUCUAAGUAGUACAGUGAAGGUGAUAAUGUCUUCAUACGUACAAGUUUUCAAUAUCAUCUAGAGAAUUCUAUUUUCCCUUUGCUAAUGGCUCAAAGAUUAUUUAUAAAAACUUAGCAUUUACAAGCGUUUAACUUAAUCAUGCCAUGCAUUGAUGGAAGCGAAGACUGUACAUUUUAUAGAAUAUUACAUGAUAUAUUUGUCAAGGUAUAUAUUUUACUCCAUCUUUCAUUAAGAAGCAUUUCAUACUAUUUCUGAUAUUUAUAAUGAUCUCUUUCAGAAAUUUUUUCAAAAUAUUUAGAUAAUGUGCACUCUUCCAUUGAUGCAUUUAUAGUAAAUAAUUGUAUAUAAAUAAACAAUUCGUCGUAUGAAUCUAUAAAGCAUUCCACUGAGCAGUUGGUAGCUUUUCUUUAACCAUGUAUUUAGUGGCCUUGAAAGUAUAUUGGGUCAUUAUAUUUAUAUACAUGUAUAAGUGUAUACCACACAUACGUAAUGUUAAAAGUAAUUUAUCUAUAUUAAAUAUUUGCUACUGACAGUUCUCUUUUUCUUUUUUAAUGAAGAAUAUAAUAGAGUAAAUAUACAUUUACAGGAUACAUUUAGAAUCACAUUUUGUUUGUUGAUUUUAUAUUUGUUCGUAUUAUAUUUAUGCAAUUUGGAACAUAAUGCAUUAUCUUUAAAGAUGUUUAAUUUUUUUAUUAUUGUAAAAGGAUUUACGUAGAUGUUUCAAAAUGUAAAAGUAUUCUUAAGAUAAACACAAAGAUAUUUUGUUAUAAAUAAAAAGCAUAUGUAUAGUUACGAUAUAUAGUAAUAAUCAUAUAAAGUACUAGUAAUCAUAGAUAAAAGUAAUAAAGAUGAAAUAUGCUCGUAAAAAAUAAAAAUGAAACUAGUGAAGAACAGCGUAAGUAAUUACGUUUGUACGUAUACGUACACAUACAUGUUAAUACUUGCAUAUUAUUUCUGAUUUGAUGCUAAUCGCAGUAGUUAGUUAAUUCUCAAUUGUUUCAUUACUUUUAAGCUCGAUAUGCAUUAUCGAUUCGUUCAGGGUUAGAUCUCGGUUCGAUCUAAUAUUAUUCUACUGUUUUAUAUUAUAUUAAUUCAGAUACUCAUGAGUAUGAUUUAAAUCGUUAUUGAAAUUGUGAAUACGUAUGAUAUAAAACAAUAUAAAAUAAUAUUUGAUCGGACUGUGAAGGGAUUGAAUGUGUGUAUCGACCCUUAUACUUUUUAAGGUUAUUCACCAACCAUCUUUUCCUUGAAGCACGUGUGACGUUAGCGACACGUAUGGACAAAAUAUAAACUACAAGAAUAGUAAGGAACAAUUAUCCCAAUCAUACGGUUAUCGUAUCGAUGUAGAAGCUUAUGUAGGUUAUAGUUCUUUUAUGCGUAAUCUACAUUCUAUUAUUUAAAAAUUAAAACAAAAUUUAAGUUCUGAGAUAACUUCUAUUUCAAGAGAAUUCUGGUCCAUUUUAGCCUCAACGCUAAUUGCAGAUGUUUGAAUCCUGACAAAUCGAUAACAAGACCAUCCAACAUCG